AUGUGGCUGAAGCUCUUCUUCUUGCUCCUCUACUUCCUGGUCCUGUUCGUCCUGGCCAGGUUUUUCGAGGCCAUCGUGUGGUAUGAAACUGGCAUCUUCGCCACCCAGCUGGUGGACCCGGUGGCCCUGAGCUUCAAGAAGCUGAAGACCAUCCUGGAGUGCCGGGGCCUGGGCUACUCGGGGCUCCCCGAGAAGAAGGAUGUCCGGGAGCUGGUGGAAAAGUCAGGUGACUUGAUGGAAGGUGAGCUCUAUUCUGCACUCAAGGAAGAAGAAGCAUCUGAAUCUGUUUCCAGCACCAAUUUCAGUGGUGAAAUGCACUUCUAUGAGCUGGUAGAGGACACAAAAGAUGGCAUCUGGCUGGUUCAGGUCAUAGCAAACGACAGAAGUCCCUUAGUGGGUAAAAUCCACUGGGAGAAAAUGGUGAAAAAGGUGUCAAGAUUUGGAAUACGGACAGGUACUUUCAACUGUUCUAGUGACCCCAGAUACUGCAAGAGAAGAGGCUGGGUGCGAUCCACACUCAUUAUGUCUGUCCCACAAACAAGUACUUCUAAAGGGAAAGUCAUGCUUAAAGAAUACAGUGGACGCAAGAUUGAAGUAGAACACAUUUUUAAGUGGAUAACUACUCAUGCAGCUUCUCGGAUCAAAACCAUUUAUAAUGCUGAACAUUUAAAAGAAGAAUGGAAUAAAAGUGAUCAAUAUUGGGUAAAAAUAUACCUGUUUGCAAACCUUGACCAACCCCCAGCUUUCUUCUCUGCACUAAGUAUAAAGUUUACUGGAAGAGUUGAGUUUAUUUUUGUUAAUGUGGAAAAUUGGAACAACAGGAGUUAUAUGACAGAUAUUGGUAUAUAUAACAUGCCAUCAUACAUACUUAGAACUCCUGAAGGAAUUUACCAAUAUGGAAAUCACACAGGUGAAUUUAUAUCCCUUCAGGCCAUGGAUUCAUUUUUGCGCUCAUUACAACCUGAAGUAAACGAUUUGUUUGUUUUGAGCUUGGUUCUAGUUAACCUUAUGGCUUGGAUGGACUUAUUUAUCACACAAGGAGCUACCAUAAAGAGAUUUGUGGUUCUCAUAAGCACUUUAGGAACAUAUAAUUCUCUAUUAAUUAUUUCCUGGCUACCAGUGUUGGGCUUUCUACAGCUCCCUUACUUAGAUAGCUUUUAUGAAUAUAGCUUAAAAUUGUUGAGAUAUUCUAACACAACCACACUGGCUUCAUGGGUAAGGGCGGACUGGAUGUUUUAUUCUUCACACCCAGCCCUGUUUCUCAGCACAUACCUUGGACAUGGUUUACUAAUUGAUUACUUUGAGAAGAAGAGACGACGCAACAACAAUGAUGACAUCAAUGCCAAUAACUUAGAGUGGUUAUCAAGUCUAUGGGACUGGUACACCAGCUACCUCUUCCACCCGAUUGCUUCUUUUCAGAACUUCCCUGUGGAAUCUGAUUGGGAUGAAGACCCUGACUUAUACUUGGAGCGAUUAGCUUUCCCUGACCUUUGGCUUCACCCUUUGAUACCAACUGAUUAUAUAAAAAACUUGCCAAUGUGGCAAUUUAAGUGUCUGGGAAUCCUGUCUGAAGAGGAACUGUCGGAGAGUUCUUGCGAUACUGAAAAUGACUCAGAUGUCGAGAGCACAGACACUUUGAACAGUGAGAAGGAAGUAUUUGAAGAUAAACAAAGCAUAAUUCACAAUUCUCUAGGAAGAGUAAGUCACUGUGGUGCUGAGGCUUGUUCGUGUGCCAAUAAUUAUUGUCAGACCAGCCUACAUGAAAGGAAAGGGAGGUCAUAUGGAUCAUAUAACACUAAUGAAGAUAUGGAACCUGAUUGGUUAACUUGGCCUGCUGAUAUGCUGCACUGUACUGAAUGUGUUGUUUGUCUAGAGAAUUUUGAAAAUGGAUGUUUGCUAAUGGGGUUGCCUUGUGGUCAUGUAUUCCAUCAGAAUUGCAUUGCGAUGUGGUUGGCUGGGGGCCGACACUGUUGCCCCGUUUGCCGGUGGCCUUCUUAUAAAAAAAAGCAGCCAUAUGCACAACAUCAGCCCCUGUCAAAUGAUGUCCCAUCUUAA